AUGGAACCGAUAAUAGAAGACGAUAAUGUAGCGAAUCUCUCGAAUAUAGAUAUCUCCAUUGCUGAUCUAGACGAAUUCAUACAAAGUCAACGUAGCGCGUUGGGUAGAGUACAAGAUGACAUCAAAGCACUGGAAGAAUUAAAGAUUCAGGCUGUUGUCCAUCCAGUCGUCGAGCACGAAUCCUUGAAGUUUUCAAACAUUGGUUCCGAACUUGAUACAAAUAUUCCUCGAUUAGAUUGGACGUUAUUUGGACCCAAUGAUUUCCAACCUGUUACUCGUACGCUCCCACCCAAGGCCGGCACUUCUCGCGUUGAUAAGAUGAGGGCUCAUAUUUCCGAGUUCCGCCAAGGACUUGCGUCAGCUCCUCCUCUCCCAGCAGAACUCUUGGACAACAGCCGGGACGCUGAAGAGAGGGAUAAGAAGCGCAGGCGACUCACCUCUGCUUCUCGUGCUCCAGUGGCAAAUUUCUCCAGCGGCCUACGACUUCCACGUUUUGCGGAGUCUUGCAACAAUAUCAAUGUACAGACUUCAGCUUUGGCAGGAACUCAACCCCAGGAGCUUGGGCCCCCGCCGACACCUAGCUCUGGCGCCAGCAGUCGAAAUUCUACAAAGCCUCCAGUCAGAGUAUUCACAAACCACGUUCAUUCGCAAUCACAGCCACGGGUUCCCAAAACCGCCGAUGAAGUUACCCAAGCACUGCAUGAAUCACCCAGGGCUACUAGCCCUAGGAGCCGAAAUGCAGUACCUUCACCAACCCAACCGGGUCGAGACUCUCCGAUUAUUGAAGAGACAGAAGGAUCUGUGAUGGAGGCUCUCGCAAGCGAAGAGCAAUCUCAUUCAACGUUCAAACAAAACUGGUCUUUAGCCGAGCAGCAUACUUUGGAGAGGUUAUUGGUCGAAAUUCCAAGCACCGUCAAAUUCAGGUGGGUCAGAAUAUCCGAGGCCAUGGGCGGCACUCGUACUCCGCGCCAGGUUGCUUCACGCGUUCAAAAGUACUACGAGAAGAUGAAGAAACUUGGAGUCACUGUAAAUUCUGCUGACAUGGGAGGUGGCGGGCGAGGCGGAAGCAAGGCCACGCAAGCCAUGGACGCGCCUCCUAGCGUACGCUCCAGAAACUCCUCAACAAGAGGCAAACCAAAGACCGGGCCCCAGUACACAAAGUCCGGACGUCGUCGAUAA